AUGGCGCAGUCGAUUCGCAUAAAAAAGCCUGCCGCUUCGGCCGCUUUGGCCGCUUCAACCUCUGCGUCCUCGUCAACCCUCGCCGCACCCUUCACCACCAACCACGCUGGCUCAGCCGCCCCUGCAGAUGCCUCUGAAGCGCACACCCAGAAUGUAGUCGUGCUUGGUGGCUCGUACGGCGGUAUGCGUGCUGCUACUGUCCUGGCACAGAAGCUUCCUCCUACCCACCGCGUCAUCCUCAUCGAGCGCAACUCGCACUUUAACCAUCUCUACGUCUUUCCACGCUUCUCUGUUCUGCCCGGUCACGAGCACAAGGCUUUCAUCCCAUACACGAGCAUCUUUAAGGAUGCGCCUGCACGCCCAAACUCGCAGCUUCAGCGCGGCCGUUCCACCGCAUCUUCCGCCAAGCACUCGGAUCCAACUCCAAAACUAGCCGCAGCUGCGUCAGGUCCAUCCAGCGUCACCCGUAAUGCGCUCGAGAUGGGCUCCACUUCCUCUUCCUCUUCCUCUUCCUCCUCCUCCUCCUCCUCUGCCUCUGCCUCUGCCUCUGCCUCUGCCUCUGCCUCUGCCUCUGCCUCUGCCUCUGCCUCUGCCUCUGCUUCUGACGCCAAGCCUGGCACUUCACGCAGAGCUGCUGUAACCGCCUCCACGCCUAGCUCCAUGCCGGAUGUGCCAGAAGAUUCUCUCGUGACUGAUGACGCUUUUGCCGCGAUCGGUGACGAGGAGAUCAAUUCCUUCCGGUCCGACUCGCCUGCAUCUUCUCGUGGACGCUCUCAGGACAGUCGUCACUCUUCCCAAUUGUCCGUCUCAACCGAAUUCAGUGCUGCCGAUUCAGACUCGAGCAGCUCCACCUACGACGUGCCCAGCACCGCCGCGUCUUCCUACAUCGAAACCGACAUCAAGCUCACCAGCUCCAAAGGUAUCGAGGACGAGCUCUCCCUCAAUGCCGUCAAAGCACGGCAGGAGGAAAAACUCGGCAGGCCCGAGAUUCAGAUCACCGAACUCACCAGUGCGGUACAACAAAGUCUCAAUUUGGACGGUCACAACGCUGACGAUCAUGACCAAAGUGUCGCCGACGGAUUUGAAAACUCUGCGCCCCACAUUGUUCUGCAGGCUUCCGUCACCGAUAUCUCUCCAACCCACGUGACUGUCACGCCCACAUGCUCGUCGUCCUCGCAUCACUUGUCAGAAUUCUCGCCGAAAAAGUCGCUCUGGGCCAUCGAGAGCGUUCAAAUCCCCUACUCGCACCUCGUCUAUGCGCUCGGAAGCCACCUCCCAGAUCCGCUGCGCACCGAGGCACGCUUCAAGGCGGACGGAACCGACUGGAUGCGCAAGAUCCAGGAUCGCAUCAAGCACUCCAACGAGAUUGUGCUUGUCGGUGGCGGUGCCCUCGGUGUGCAAUUUGCCACCGACAUUGCCUCUGUGCAUCCGGGCAAGAAGGUGACGCUGAUCCACUCGAGAAAGCAGCUCCUCCCCAACUUUGACGAGCGCGUUCACCAGAUUGCCUACCACAGACUCACGAAGCUCGGUGUCAAUGUUGUGCUUGGAGAGCGACUUGCCCUUACCGAAGGGUGUCCGCGCGGCUCCACCGUACAGAGCUCGGCUGCGGAUGCGGUGGGUGCCAAGGCCGAAGUCUGUGUAACAGGUGAUGCAAACGGUCAAGGUAUCCAGGCGCAUCAAGAGGGCAUGUGCAUCGGCAGUGGACGCAAGCUCGUCCGCACUACGGGCGGCAAGUCGUUUGAAUGCGACCUGCUGCUUCUGUGCACUGGUCAGCAACCCAACUCGUCGCUCAUGGCGAGGCUGAGUCCGAGCUCGGUGGAUCCGAGCAGUCGUCUGAUUCGCGUUCAUCGAAGUUUGCAAGUCGCUGUUCCCGAUCCACGCGAUGCAGCGCAGCAGCCGUUCGACGCCAAACCGCCGUGUGGCGAUUGCGACUGCUUUCUUGACAAGAAGGCGCACGGCGCCGAGUUGAACAGUGGACAAGAGCACCACCUCGUCGAGCAUCUUGGACACGAAUCGCGCCGGCUCACAAACGUCUACGCUAUUGGCGAUGUUGCCGAUGCGUUCGGAGCGUUAAAUGCCGGCUACCAGGCUUGGAACAUGGCGGAUAUCGCCGCGGAAAACAUCCUCCGAGAUCUCGCAUCUCACAACGCACAUGCACCCCAACAUGUCCAGAUGGCCCACUUCGAGCCUGCAGUCAACAUGCUCAAACUGAGUCUCGGGCUGGGCAAGAUGGUCUUCCAAGGCCCCACGAUCGCGCAACAUGCACCGCACCCCGCGCAGCCCCACCAAACCGGCGCCUUGGACGACACCAACGACCUCCCUCUCAACGGCCGCAUCCCCGGCAGACCAGAGAUCACCAUCAAAGACGAUCCCGACGACCUCGGUGUCGAGGGCGUCUGGACCUUCAUGGCUAACGCCGAUACGAGCGAUAUGUACAAGUAG